GACGUACGGGAAGAACGACGACCAGAGCUGGCAGCAGGACCGCGACGGCCACGACCAGUACGACGGCGACGCCAAGGACGAGCAUGCUCACCACUUCACCCACCACGGCGAGGACACCCACAAGAAAGGCUCACGGGCUCGCUCCACACCUCGCACAAAGUCACGGACGCAGAGCAGGAAGCACUACGGCGCGCACAACUUCUUCGACGGCUUCCAGUUCUCCAAGAAGCAGCGCGAGAUCCUCGAUCAGGUCCUCCCUGCCGACGACGUGCGCAUGCAGUCCCACGAGAGCUUCUCCACGCCCCCGCUGGAGGAGGACAUGCGCCGCCUUUGGGUGACAACCAAGCGCGGACGCAUCGCUCGGUUGGCAGACCAAGCUCAGGGCGCACGCGCCGUCGGCGUCGACGAUGCCAAGAUCGUCGCAGAGCUGUCCGUCAACAAGGCAAUGCUCCUCCUCACGUUGUCUCCCGACGAGCGGGUGCACUACUACCGCCGAUGCAUCGACACCACGGUCAGGCAAAAAAAUGCGCUCAAGGACGACAUCAGGAAGAUGCAGACCGAGUUCGACAACACGGAGGGCAGCUUGAGGAUACUACGGGCUCUACUCCAGGAGUCGAAGUUGAAGAGGGACGACGCCACACCCGACCUCGAGUAUGACGACUUCUACAGCGACAACGACGAGAGCGAGAAGGACCACCACAACAG